AGUUGUUGUUGAUGUCCUAUUCUCUGUGUUCUAAGGGAUCGCCUUCAUCAUCGUUGUUGUUGUCGCAUCUACUCAGUCGAUCAGUGUCAACUGCAUCUAUCCGACCAGCUACUUUCCAUAAAGCUCAACGAAACUCCUUCAGAGUGCUGAACUCCCCUAGUAGAAUGUUCAGCAGCAGCUGCGAAGCCUCGCCUUAUGGUGGUGCUAAGGCGGCGUCUAAGGCGCCGCACACGAAAGCUCCUAAGAAGAUCACUUUAACGCAGAUCAAGAAGCUUCAUCGAGAAGGUGAUAAAAUAACUAUGAUGACGUGUUACGAUGCUAUGACCGCUGGUAUAGCUGAGGAAUGCGGCGUUGAUCUCCUCCUGGUGGGAGACUCGGUCGCCAAUGUCGUUCAUGGUUUUGACUCGACUGUGCCGAUUUCUAUGGAUGCUAUGGUUUUACACACCCAGGCUGUUCGUCGCGGUUUGGUCCAUAAUCGUCCGAUGAUAAUCGGGGAUAUGCCCUUUGGAUCCUUCCUAACGGUAGAAGAUGGCGUCAGAAAUGGAGCUAGAUUUAUCAAGGAAGCUGGAGCGGAUAUUGUUAAGUUGGAGUGUCCAUCGAGCUCAGCAGAAUUUUCCACGGAAUUGAUACGGCGCAUGACUGCUGCUGGCAUUGGUGUUGUUGGGCAUAUUGGUUUGACCCCGCAGAGUUACGUUCAGAUGGGAGGGUAUCGAAUACAGGGGAAGGCUGCCUCAGCAGCGUGCCACUUGAUCGACUUUGCUAAGCAGUUGGAAGCCGCGGGAUGUGUCAUGUUAGUACUAGAGUGUGUACCAGGUGAAGUUGGGAAGCUCAUCACAGAAGCUAUAAAUAUCCCUACGAUAGGCAUUGGCUCUGGUCCUGAUACUUCGGGACAAGUUCUGGUGGUACACGAUUUGCUAGGCUUGACACCGAAAGCGCCGAAAUUGGCAAAGGCGUUUGUCAAUACUCGUGAGCUUAUGAAUAUUGGAGUUAGCAGAUACGUAGACGAGGUUAAGUCGGGUAGUUUCCCUGGCCCUCACACGUACUCACAGAUGAAGCCGAUAGAGUACGACACGCUGUUGGCUGAGCUUGGUCAUUCGGUCAGUGAGGCCGCGGGUGUUACUGCGCCGCCGGUUGUGAUGCCGUCGAAUCCUACUAGAGUGGCGGUGGUUGGUGGAGGAGCGAUGGGGACUUUCUUUGCUCAAGCGUUGUCUAAGAAAGUUCCCGAUGUUGUGCUCAUGACGAGUCCCCACUCACAUGCAGCGGCGAUGAUGAGCUCGGGUUUGGAUUGUGUGGACAGUGAGGGCAGGAUGUUACCAGCUCUGGAGGGAACACAACCGAACACUGUGGGAUUCCGAGUUGUUCAUAAUGCUGAAGAUUGCCUAGGUGCAUUCGGUGGUACUACACCGGAGCUUGUGGUGGUAGCCUCCAAGGCAUGGCAGUUGGAAGAUCCAGAUGUCGUUAAGAAACAUCUUUCUGGUUUGCUCAGUGAUGGAGCGCCUGUGCUUAGCAUUCAAAACGGCAUUGGAGCUGUUGAUGCGUUAUCGGUCGUGAGCAAAAAUAUCUUCCAGGCGGUUACUAACAUUGGUUGCAACCUACCCCGUCCUGGCGUGUUGGAGGUCAACGUCUUACCUGGCACUGAGGCGUGGAUGAAGCUUAUCCCCCCGAAGAGUGUCUCGGAGCACGCAGAAGACAAUCUCCCUCGAUUACUAUCGGCGUGUUUCAAGGACGCCCAGGUUCCCUGCAAUGUGUCAGAUGCUGUUGAUGAUGAUGAAGCUCAGCAGAUGGUUUGGGACAAACUAAUAGUAAAUGUCGCUAUCAACCCGGUGAGUGCCAUUUUUGGCGUCCUGAACGGCGAAAUUUUGGACAAUUCUCAACUAUUUUCCCUAGCAUCUGCGGCUGCACACGAGGCCUAUAAUGUUGCCCGAGUGAUGGGUGUUAAGGUACCAUUGGAGUACUCGGAUGCUCUGUGGACGGACACUGCCCGAUGCACCAGCUCUAACGUUAGCUCGAUGCUAAGGGAUGUUAGACUUGGACGCCCGACUGAGAUCAAUUUUAUCAAUGGUCAAGUUGUGCGCUUCGGGUCGUUAGUUGGUGUACCAACUCCUGUGAAUACUGCGCUUGUUACUAUGCUUGCUAACAUGCGAUCUGAUGCUCAUACGAUGGCUGUGAAGACUUCCUUAGUGGAGAAAGUUGUUGGAGAGGGAAAGCAUGUGAAGCAAGCUAAAACGCGUCACUGGAGGUUCUUCCGACGGAGUAGAUCAACCGGACAGAUUGUAUGGUUGCGAUUAGGAACGACUCAAGCUGUUAUGGUGGUCAACACGGGAAGUAAAAUGAGAGGAAAUAGGAAAUAUCUGAACACUAUAGAGAAAAUUCAAUUACAACAAUGGAGCCAUGUAAAGCAAGGCGUGCACAAGCUAUUUCAAGAACAGGGAAAUCGAGAUACAACUCCAAUGGCGUCGCUUCUCAAGAGCUUACAGAUGCUAUAUUACCGAUUGUUCCGUUUUGAGCCUGGCAGUGUAUGGAAUCGUUUUGAAAAUGCUCCCAUGCCAGCUCAACUGUGUAGGGUGUGUCCGGAUCCAACACCGGAUCAUCUCAGAAGAGUUUGUCAUACUGCCCGAAGAAGCACGACCGAAAGAAUUGUUUUCCAUUACCUCAGUUAUCAAUCUGGCACUGUUACAUAUCCUUCGUCCUCUGGUAUGGUUCACGGUCAUUCCUUGCCAAUGUAUAAUCAAGCACUGGACGAAUGCUCUCCAAUAAACAUUCAUAAACUCAUCGGUUGGCUCGGCAAACCGGCUGUUUACAUUUUCGACUGUGAUCGCGCUGGUUCUUACAUUGAUGCGUUUCAUGAGGUUGGCUUGUUUUACUCGAAUGCCGUGGAAAAAAGCGAAAUUUUCAUAUUGGCUAGUUGUGGUCGAGAUGAAACGAAUCCCCAUCUCGGGUCGAAGCUCCCGUCCCAAAUACUCACAGCGUGUUUGACGGCGCCAUUGAAAACAGCAUUACAAUUCUUAUGCUCGGGAUUCUACGGUCCUCUCUCGAAGUGUCUGCUAGGCUUCGACCAAGAUAAUGACAGUGUCAAAUUGGAGGCUAUUCUCAGCAAACUUGGGGAGUUCACCAUCGGAGAGGAUACAUAUGAGAUUUUAUUUCGAAAAGAUGUCGUUCUGGCUUCACUGUUUCGCAACUAUUUGUUAGCUCAAAGACUUAUUUCUCUGGUCGGUCUAACGAGCGUAUCAAUGCCCGAGUUGCCCGACUGUAGUCAUCACUCCUUAUGGGAAACGUGGGAACUCGUGAUGGAAGCCUCAGUACUGCGUGUAGUGCAAGGCGAGCGAAAUAGCCUGCUGACUUCACAGAUACGGGGAACUGAUCCUGUGAGAGAGUUCUUUAGAGACCAGCUGAGAGCGUUUAGUGUUUGGUUGCGGAGAAAACACAAUUCAGUGGAGGGAAUCGAUACGGAAAACUGCAGAAUUCCGCGAGAACUUCCGAUUUUACUACAGGUAUCAGGGUUGGUCCUUUUUUUGUGGAGUAAAGUUGCCGCAUUGGAAGCAUAUGAACGAGUUGAGAAUCAACCGGUAUCAAAACGCACUGCAAAAUUUUUGUCAAAUUCUGAGUAUAAAUAUAUUCUUCGAUUGGCCUCUUCUGAAACGAUAGAUUCGGAAUACAGGGCGCUUGGUUGCAUUACGAUGGGUAUAUUAUACCAGUCAGUUCUACAAGCGAAAAUUAGCGGUUAUACUGACACGCGAGCAGUGGAUAAAUUGAUAACGGAGUUUACGCGAUUGCCUGGUUUAGCUGAUGCCAUUUGCCGGAGUACCGAAUCGAGUCAUGGGAAAGUUCGGGAGGCUGCGUUAAUGCUAGUUGGUUCGUUACUGGCAAUUUUCGGCGACAGAGAUUAUAUUACCGAACCUGUGGGGGACUUGCACGAUCGAGAAAUUAAUACAACUUGUGAAAAAAGCAGCACUGAAAAUGGCAUGACGAAAAAACAGUCGAUAGAGCCUACAGCAGUGUCCAGUAGCAGUAGAGCGUCCAGAAGGAAUAAAAGACGAGUUAGGACGAGGGGUAGAGGGAAUAGGAGGAAGAGAAACGGCGAUUUGGUACAUGAUCUGCAGUCUAAGGCAUCGCAAUGUGGGAUGAUCUUCCAAAAUCUGAGUGUUACUCCAUACGAAUAUGAACGUUCUUCGAAUACUCGAGGAGCACCGAAAGAGUAUCCGAAAACUGCGACCGAAUCUAGUCGUGGCUUUGUAUGUCGCCUUGAGGCUAGUGAUGGUAGCCAUCGAUCGGCUCUGUGUCGGCGGUGGUUAUUGGAUUUACUACAGGAGAAGAGCACAUAUAGGGCUUCCGAGUCUACAGGAGCCGUCAUGAAACCGAACGAAGGUCAGCCGACAGUUAGUGACAAUGCGAAGAUGAUGGAAAUUACGGAGUUGUCUCCAAAGUUCCUGACUGAUACCAUAAUUGCUGCAGCUGAUGACCUCAUUCAUUCAACUCAACUCAGUCCAUACGAAUGGUACCGCGAAUGGCGCGAUCCUUUUCGUCCAGUGCCGUCACUAAAUUGUGACUAUUCCCCUGAUAAAGAAGAGCGUCGCCCGGUGGUGUUACUCACAGCUUGGAAUUAUGAAGAGAACUCGGAGGGUAUCAGCGUCUCGUCUGAUCGGGAUCGUUCUUCAACACCUGUUGGAAGUGACAUGCUGAGAGCUAGCAGCCAUUUUGGUGGAUGAUUUGUGUGUAU